ACGGGAGCGUGAGCAACCGUCGGCGGUCGCAUACAAGUGACCGGCCGGCUGCCCUGGCUCGCUCGACAACAACGCGGCGCGACAGCCCCCGCAGACAGUCCUGUGGAUUAAACGCCGACCGCAAUGGAGAGGCUCAUCGAAAAUCGCCAGGAGGUCACCGAGCAGAUCUCCACGCACGUCAUAGGCACAAUGCCCGAGUGGGUGAGCGGCAAGCUGUUCCGGCUCGGCCCAGGAAUGUGGGAGCUGGAAGGUGGCUUCUCCUUGCAGCACUGGUUCGACGGCGCAGCCAUCCUCUCAUCCUACGAGAUACACAAGGGAAAGGUUUACUACAGCUCACGGUACGUGGAGACCGAGGCGUACAAGAAAAUGAGCACCGUCAAUCGUCCUGUUGUCACCGAAUUCGGCACCAAAUGUUAUCCAGAUCCGUGCAAGAGCAUCUUCUCGAGGUUUUUCGCGGCCCUGGUGCCCAGCGACUUGACAGACAACAACUUUGGCAACGUGUACACCCUCGGCGAUGAACUUUUCUGCACGUCCGAAACGUGCUUCGUGUGGAAAGUCGACCAGGACUCCUUGGAAGCCAUUCAAAGGUACGAUGUGAACAAACUGGUGUCCGUGAACCUGGCUAGCGCGCACCCCAUCACCAUGGAAGACGGCACCAGCUACAACUUGGGUGCCAGUUUCAUAUCCGGCCUCAAGUAUCACAUCGUCAAGAUACCACCGCCCGGUCAGGGCUGUUCGGGCCUGAAGCGGGCCUCGGUGGCGUACCACAUUCCGUCGAGCUGGAAGACGACGUUCAGCUACUACCACAGCUUCGGCAUGACGCGCAACUACGCGGUGUUCGUCGAGCAGCCCCUGCUGGUGAACACUAUUCGCCUGAUCGGCUCUCGCAUCAAGGGCUACUCCUUCAAGGACUGCUUCGACUGGACGCCCAAGGAGAAGACCAGGUUCGUAGUUCUGGACCGGAACACAGGCAGUGUCCUGCGCACACGGUUCCUGGCUGACCCGCUGUUCUUCUUCCACGCCGUGAACGCCUUCGAGGAUGACGGGCACAUCGUCUUCGACAUGGUCGCCUACGACGACGCGUCCAUCCUGGACAGGUAUUACCUGGACAGAUUUCGAAACGGCAUGAAUGAAGACUUCGAUCCUGACUGCCAGGGCCACUUCCGUCGAUUUGUGAUCCCUGUAUCCAAGGCCAACAGUGCCGUGGAGGGCGACCUGGUGAGCCUCAGCUACAGCGAGGCUCACGCAUACCGAAGGGACAACACCACCAUCUGGCUCACCCACGAGGAGAUGGGAUACAAAGGUUACGACCUGCCGACCGUGAACCCGAAAUACCAAGGAAAGCCGUACCGGUACACGUACGGCAGCGGAAACUUUGAAAGACUUGGGGAAUGCCGAAAUGCGAUCUGCAAGCUGGACAUCCAGAGGCGUGAGAUGCAUCUCUGGAGGGAAUCCGACACGCAGUUCCCCAGCGAAGCUAUCUUCAUGGCAAACCCUGACGGAAUCGAUGAAGAUGACGGUGUCCUAUUGUCGGUGAUAAAUGACGUAGACUACGACAAACCGGACUUCCUCUUGGUGCUGGACGCCAAGACAAUGACUGAAAUCGCGCGGGCAGAAGUUCCCCAUCCGGUGCGGGCCUGCACCUCGAUCCACGGCUGCUUCAUCAAGAGCUGAGGCAAACGUCUACUCGCUUCCCGCUCCGACUGUCUUCGGUCCGACUCAAAUGCAUCUACGUCUUUCAUAGCAA